AUGGAACAGAUUGAAAGGUGGUUGGCUGCAACGCAUUUCAAACCGACUUAUACGCGACGAGCGUUUCCAUGUUGGGAUGAGCCAGCAUUAAAAGCUAGUUUCGAUAUCUCUAUAAAACAUCAUCAAAAUUAUACAAUUCUAUCCAAUAUGCCAAUACGGGAAAAAUCGGAGGAUAAUAAAAAUGGCAUGAUAUGGACGCACUUUGACACGACUCCCAUCAUGUCAACUUAUCUCGUAGCAUUUGUGGUGGUUGAUUACGUUCGCGUUCCUACUGAAGAUGAGACCAUUAAUAUAUGGUGCAGAUCGAAAGUAGUGCCGCAUACAAAAUUUGCACAAGAAGUUGUUCAAAAAUCUAAAAGGCUAUUGACAGAAUACACCAACAGCACCUCUGAAGUUCCAAAAUGGAUCUUUGAAACAAGCUUUGCAUACAAUGAAAAUUUCAACACAAUAUCUGCUAAACUAGAUGUAGCGGAGAUAAUAGUACAUGAAAUGGCACAUCAAUGGCUUAGUAAUGUAGUCACUCCAUCAUGGUGGUCUCAUGUAUGGUUAAGUGAGGGUUUGACGACGUUUUUCGAAGAAUAUAUUCUCAAUCAGCAAACAAUUCUUCAGAAGGAUAUUCAUAUGAAUAUGAGCUCAAUUAUAUUAGAAGUCAAUAGACCCAAUGAAAUUGAAUCACUCUUCGAUACUAAUUAUGGCAAGGGUACGAUAAAAUAA